AACAGAAAAUUUUGAAUUCACAGCAGUGUAGCACGAUUCAGUACGCGUAUUCGGUUAUCCGAUUUUUAUUUAAUCUUCGCCGACUGAGAAUAAGUACAUACUUUAGACGAUGUCGCAAAUCGAGAAUUACUACGAUGAUGACAUCGUGAUAUCUGGAAUUUCAGGAACCUUUCCAGACAGCGAGAACUUUGAAGAAUUCAAGGAAAACUUAUUAAAAGGGAAAGAUAUGUUUUCAACAGUCGACACAUACGAUGGCAGUAUAGUAAAAGGUGAGGUGAAAACAAUUGAUCGUUUCGAUCAUUCAUUCUUUCACCUAAAUCAUCAUAAUGCCGAAGGAAUGCUUAUUGGUUCAAGAAUUCUACUGGAGAAAACAUUCGAAGCGGUCUUAGAUGCAGGUUACAAUUUGCAACAAAUAAAAGGUAAAAAUAUAGCUGUAGUUGGCGGAAUAUGGGAAUCUAGUUCCGAAAAUGACCCAGCGUUUGACGCAUCCGUCGAAAAAUAUGAUGGCAUCAUUGGUACAGCUCAUUUUAUGUGUGCGAACAGAAUCUCAAAUUGGUUGGAUCUGCACGGACCAAGUUUCGUUGUGAAUACAGCAUGUUCAUCGUCCAUGUACGCUUUGGACAUGGCCAUUAAAUACAUUCAGAAUGGGCAAUGCGAAGGGGCAAUCGUUAAUUCAGCUAAUUUCAUCUUCUGUGGCGGAGAAAGUUUUACUACUCCGGUGCUUCAUAGCACAAAGACAAUCUCAUCACCUUUCGAUGCGCAAGCUGGUGGAUACAUCAGAAGCGACGCUGUGGUUGUGAUUUUCAUACAAAAAAGAAAGUACGCCAGAAGAGUCUACGCCAACAUCGUUCAUUUGGCAACAAAUUGCGACGGAUUCAAAGCAGAAGGUAUCAUGCACCCUUCAAUCACCCAACAAAAAGAACUAUACGAACAAUUUUACAAAACGGUCAACAUUGAUCCGAGAUCCAUUUCAUACAUAGAAGCUCAUUGCACAGGAACACAGGUAGGUGAUGUUGUAGAAGGAACAUCAAUUGCAGACUUUUUCUGCCAAGGACGUGAAACUCCGUUGAAAGUCGGAUCCGUUAAAUCGAAUAUAGGUCAUACUGAGGCUGCUGCUGCUUUGUGCAGCAUUGCUAAAUUAAUCGUAGCCUUUGAAAGUGGAAUUAUUCCUGCAAAUUCCCAUUUCACAAGUCCAAAUCCAAAUAUCAAAGGUUUAAUUAACGGCCAGCUACAGGUUGUUACAGAACCAACACCCGUAGAAGGAAAAUAUUUCGCAUUGAAUUCUUUUGGAAUAGGUGGCGCUAAUGGACAUCUUUUAUUGACACCACACAAUAAAAUUAAACAGCCCACUAAAUCGCAUAAAGAAGGUAUACCAUGGAUGCUGACCGUUUCUGGACGCACAGAAGACGCUAUCGAUUGCAUUUUCAACGAUAUUGAAAAGAAUUAUCAUGAUGAAGAAUAUGUGGCUUUAUUACACCAAGUUUUUAGCGAUGACAUAAGCGGUCACCUUCAAAGAGGAUUCAUUAUUUUGCAUGAGAAGAAAGAUCAUGUAAAAUCCAAAACAUUUUUUCCAGGUGAUAAACGGCCUGUAUGGUUUGUCUUUAGUGGUAUGGGUUGUCAAUGGCCCGCAAUGGCGAAAUCGUUGAUGACGAUACCCAUUUUUUCCGAAUCUAUUCGAAAAAGUCAUCAGAUAUUGCAAUUAAAACAAAUCGAUUUAAUCAGAAUAAUCACAGAUGAUGAUCCUAAAAUAUUCGACAAUAUUUUAAAUUCACUAGUUGGAAUAGCAGCUAUUCAAGUAGCUUUGGUUGAUAUUUUGCAAGCGAUUGGAAUACAGCCUGAUGGAAUAAUAGGCCAUUCGGCAGGAGAAGUAGGCUGUGCAUACGCUGAUGGAUGUUUGACAGCAGAACAAACCAUUCUUGCCGCUUAUUAUCGUGGUUUGGUUUCAAUAGAAACCGAACUGAUUCAUGGCACAAUGGCUGCUGUUGGGGCAAGUUAUGAAACACUAAAAGAGCUGAUCACCAACGAUAUCGAUAUCGAUAUUGCUUGUCACAAUGGUCAUACAAGCUACACAAUAUCUGGUCCUACACCAAAUGUUGAACAGUUCAUCCAAAUUUUAAAAGAAAAAGACAUAUUUGUUAAACCAGUGAACACAUCAAAUAUCGCAUAUCACAGUCGUUUCAUUGAACCUCUGGGCCAAAAAUUAUUAUCAUUACUACAAAACGAGGUCAUAACCGAACGAAAACUUCGUUCAGAAAAAUGGAUAUGUACAUCUGCUCCUGAACACGAAUGGGAUAUGGAUCAAGCGAAGUAUUCUUCAGCAGAGUACUUCACAAAUAAUUUACUCAAGCCUGUAUUAUUUGAAGAAGGCUGUCGCCAUAUACCCAGCAAUGCUAUAACCAUAGAAAUAGCUCCUCACGGAUUAUUACAAGCAGUGUUGAAACGUUCGUUACCCACAACUGUAACAAAUAUUCCACUAACGUUAAAGAACCACGAAAACGGAGUUGAGUUUCUUUUAAACUCGUUGGGUCGAAUGUACGAGGCCGGAUGCGUUCCGAAAUUGAAUGUUUUGUAUCCACCAGUAGAAUUCCCUGUCAGUAAGUCAACUCCAACAAUUGCGUCGCUAAUUAAAUGGCAACAUGAUGAACAAUGGUCAGUUGGAAAGCUCGAAAAAGAUUUCCGUACUCAGCGAGAAUUUAUUAUCAGAUCAACUGAUGUUGAAUAUAAAUUUUUAAAAGACCACAUUAUCGAUGGAAGGAAUUUAUAUCCGGGCUUAGGUUACCUGUGGUUAGUCGUAGAAAUGGUCAGCCGUAAGAAACACGGAGAAAAUUCCAGAAUGCCAGUAGUUUUUGAAAAUGUUCGUUUUGAAAGGGCAACAAUAAUUCCUCAAAAAGGUGUUGUGAAAUUUCUGGUUACAAUUACUCCAGUUAGAAAACAUUUUGAAGUCUCAGAGAAUGGUCAAAUUCUAGCCUCGGGGACAGUACGACUACCCGAAAAUGUCGAUAAAGAGAUGAUAGAUGUGAAACAGGAUGAUGUCACUGUUUCAGAUUGUGAUGACAUAUACUUGAAUACUAAUGAUUUCUAUAAGGAACUUAGAUUAAGAGGCUACCAAUACAAAGGGUCAUUCAAACAAGUGGCUCGGGUGCAUUAUACAGGUACUUAUGGCGAGGUAUGGUGGAAUGAUAAUUUCUUAACUUUUAUGGACAAUAUGGCCCAAAUACAAAUACUGGCUCUCGAUACUCGCGAACUUCUGAUUCCAACAUUCAUGCGUAAAAUCGUCAUCGACUUUGAGAAACAUAUGCAACAAACGGAGCUAUUAGACAAAGAGAAACCGCAAUUCCCCGUACAUGUUUAUCCAAGACAUCGUCUAGUGUGCUCUGGAGGUAUCCAAAUGAUUGGUUGGAGUGUUAAAGGUGCCAUUCGUAAGAAAAAUCUAGCCGAACCACUUCUGCAGAAAUACCAAUUUGUGCCCUACAUCAACGAUGAGGAAAUGAAACUAAAUCUGGCAGUAGAAACAUGUAUCAACAUUGCGUUAGCCAAUACAUUAGAAAUGCAAGUAAACACAUACGAGUUACUCGAUACUGACCAUGAUCCUGAUGUUGAAAUGAUGUCACCUAUAAUUUUGAAAUCACUGAUGAAUUCGUUGUUGGGUCAGCCCAAUGUCGCCAUCUUGAAGAGCUCUGAUCAAAUGACGGAAAUUGAAAUGCCAAAUGAAAUAACCAUAUCGGAAGAAAAAUUACCCAAAGAUAAAAGCAGCACGUUAAUUGCAUUAUCAAAUAUAUGCGAUAAAAUUGACAUGCUUGAAGAUAUACGCGAGGCAUUAAAAGACAAUGGAUUCAUCAUCACAAGAGAACCUAUAAUUAAUGACAUCAAUACAUACGAAAAGUUGAACUUCAAUGUUUGCUUUAGCCGUAAGAUAAAUGCUUCGGAGAGAAUUAUACUCCUGAAUAAAUUGGUGAAAAGUGAAUCAUCCUACAAAACUGUUAAAGUAGAGAGCGAUUCGUUCACUUGGGUACCGAAUGUUCAAAACGAAUUGGCAGCCAUUAACCUUGAACAAAACGAUAAAUUAGUCAUGUACGCCGAAAAAGAUCAGAAAAAUGGAAUCUUAGGAUUAUUCAAUACUUUGAGAAGAGAACAAAAGGGAAUUAACGUAAGAUGUAUUUAUGUGAUGGAUGAAAACACGACGGAUUUUUCUUUGGAUCACCCAUUCUAUACAGUUCAACUGGAUAAGAACUUAUGUGAAAAUGUUCUCAAAAAUGGACAGUGGGGUGCUUAUUGCUAUUUGCAAAUAGACCAAGUUGACGAUACAGAAGCAUCUAAUGUACUUUGUGUACAAAAAGAACGCGGCAAUCUAUCAUCAUUUAAAUGGAUCGAAAGAUCCCCUCCACAUCCACACGAAAAUUUUGAGCCAAACUCCAUUUAUGUAUAUUAUAGUAGUUUGAAUUUCCGAGAUAUUAUGAUAACAAGUGGCAGAAUUUCUGCAGAAGACCUUCCUCUGUAUAGUCGAUUAUCUGAUUGCCAUCAUGGCUUCGAAUUUUCCGGCAAAGAUAACCAUGGAACACGCUGGAUGGGUAUCAUAGAAAAAGAAGCAAUCGCAACCACUGUUCAACCACAUCAUUACAUGACUUGGAAAAUACCAGACUAUUUGACUUUAGAAGAAGGAGCUACCAUUCCUACCGUAUACCUUACAGUAAUUAUAGCCUUCUUUUUCAAAAUGAAUUUAAGAAGGGGAUGCUCCGUGCUCAUACACGCAGGUAGCGGCGGAAUUGGUCAAGCAGCCAUCAACAUAUGUCUUCAUUACGAAUGUGAAAUAUUUACAACAGUCGGGACUCCUGAAAAAGUACAGUUUAUAAGAGAAACAUUCCCUCAGAUUCCAGAGAGCCAUAUUGGUAAUUCGAGAGAUACAUCAUUUGAACAAUUAAUAAUACAGCAGACAAAUGGACGCGGAGUGGACGUAGUUCUUAAUAGUUUGAUUGGUGAAAAAAUGCAAGCUUCUGUUCGUUGUUUAGCUUAUGCUGGACAUUUCAUAGAGAUAGGAAAAUACGACAUGCUUGAAAAACAAACUUUGAAUUUGGAACAUUUCUUAAACGACAUCUCGUUUCAUAGCAUUCAGAUGGACUUGGGUGAUAGAGGCGACUCACACCUCAAAAUUGCAUUACGGAAUAAGCUAUCAGAACUUCUUGAUCAAGGAGUAGUAAAACCAUUACAUAGAACAGUUUUUCAAGCCGAUGAAGUGGAAUCAGCUUAUAGAUUCAUGGCAGCUGGAAAGCAUAUAGGGAAAGUUCUGAUAAAAAUGAAUAAUGAAGAGAACGAACUUGAAGGAAAACCAACAUCAAUAUUCAGGAAAUGUGAGCCACAGGUUCUCUGCCAAGAAUACAGCGCCUAUGUCAUUGUAGGAGGUCUAGGAGGAAUGGGCAUGGAGCUGGUUGAUUGGUUAAUCCUGAAAGGUGCUCGCAAUAUUGUAUUAAGUUCACGAACAGGAAUUAAAGAUGGUUACCAGUCUUAUCGCAUACAAUUAUGGCGAUCAUACGGAGCAAAAAUUAUAAUAUUCACUGAAGAUGUGAUAAAAGAAGCAGGUGCAGAAAAUUUACUUCGAGCAGCUAACGAAUUAGGGCCAGUAGAAGGGAUAUUCAACCUCGGAAUGGUUCUCAAAGAUGGUCCUUUUGUUGAACAAACUGAAGAAAACUUCAAUUUGGCGUAUGCUCCAAAGGCAGUCAUAACGAUGCACUUGGACAAUCUAAGCAGAAAAAUGUGUCCAGACUUAAAACAUUUUGUAGUAUUUUCCAGUGUAGCUUGUGGUCUGGGCAAUCCAUAUCAAAGCAGUUACUCUUAUGCCAAUUCUGCAAUGGAAAGGAUAUGUGAAAUUAGACACCGCGAUAAUCUACCCUCUCUGGUAAUUCAAUGGGGAGCUGUUGGAGAUGUUGGUACAUUAACCGAAUUUCAAGAACAAAUCUCAGGAACAGAAAUCACAUUUUGCGGAGCUCUGCUACAAACAAUAAAAUCAUGCUUGCAAACGUUGAAUAUGUUCAUGAAACAAUCCUCUCAUCCCAUUUUAAGCAGUAUGGUAGUAGCUGAAAAGAAUCGUUUCGAUGGUAUUGACAUAAUAAGUGCAGUAGCAAAUGUAUUGGGAAUUAAGGACCUUAAAACCAUAAAUCAAUCAUGGACAUUUCCAGAGCUGGGUAUGGAUUCUAUUCUAGGAAUGGAGCUGAAACAAAUCUUGGAAUCAGAAUUCAAUGUCAUAUUCACUCCAGAAGACCUACGAACUAUGACUUUUGUUAAACUGCACCAAAUGAAAGAAGAAAAAGAAACUGCAUCAAAAACUGGUAAAAAAAUGAAAACACAAAUUCAAAUUUUUAUGGAAGAAGUACUUCUAAAUAAAGCAAUUCGUCGGAUACCAAUAGAUGAAAACCAUAUUGAAAGACCAAUAGUUUUUGAUGAAAACCCAACUACUUUCAUAUUUCCAGGAGUUGAUGGAUUAGCGGUUACUAUGCAAUCAUUAGCCAAAAAUUUGCCAGGGCAAGUACUGUGUUUCCAGUACUAUUUUGCAGAAGUUGCAGAUUUUUCCGUUGCGGAAUUGAGAGAUCAUUUCGCUAAAUACAUAUUGGAAAAUUUCAACUUGAACGGAGAGUUUUGCUUAAUUGGUCACAGUGUGGGUGGGUGCUUGGCUUUAGAAGUGGCUCAUAUUUUAGAAAAACAGGGAAAAAGAGGAUAUCUAUACUUGAUAGAAUGUUCUCCGGAAUAUUUUCAAAAACUCCAGGAUAGAGAUGUGGUAAAAGAAGAUUAUUCCAGCGAUGAACAAAUACAAAUCAAAGUCUGCUCAACUAUGGUGUCAACAUUUUUUCCAACGAUGCCAAUAGAACAUUAUACUCAAUCACUGAAAAAUACGGAUAGUUGGGCUUCAAAGAAAAAGCUAUGUUUAAAAUUACUAUCAACAGAAUUGGAAAAUGAAAACGCAAUGGAUCUGCUGCUAGACAAAAUUUACUUUGCGAGCAUAGCACUCAGAGAUUGCAAAAUUCCUCAAGUAUCACUCGAAUCAUCUGGUAUUCUGAUAAGAUGCGUGAAGGACCCGCUUGAUGCUGACGACGCUUACGGAUUAUCACAGUAUUUCAAAAAUCCUAUUCAAAUACAUAAAAUUGAUGAUGCUGGCCACAAUACAAUUUUGAAUCAUGCAAAAACUUCAGAAAUUUUGAUGGAGUCACCAUUAUGGAAGAAGUGACCAGUUGAUGAAUUUUUCCAAGAAAUCCAGAAUCUUUAAAAAGCAACCGUCCUUCCAAUUCCACCUACAUGUUGGAGUUUCUUCCACCUCCUCGCACUAGACAGUGUAUUUCUUUGAUUCUUGCAAGACUUUGGUACUUUGGAGGAUUCUUUAGUUUUUAAAAACGAAAUUGACCCAGCAGAAAAUCAUGAAAUUUUGAUAACUGAUCAAAGCGUCUCAAUUAAGUAGAUAAAUAGGUAAUUUUUAGAAGAUAAAUCUGGGAUAAAUUCUACACAGAUGAAUUCAAAUCAAGAUAAAGGAGUUGAUGCCAUGCUGUUUCAAAAUUUUCAAUAACUUAAAUUGAAUUUCAUAUUGAAUGGAUCCAGAAUCCAAGUCUCCAUAGCUUUUCCGUUGGGUAUACAUAUUCAGUGGAUAAGUAAUGUAACUAUAAGUUGUGUAAUAUGAGUAAGGGUAAUUUUAUUCACAAAAGUAUUUAUUCUAUUGUAUGUAUGGUCAAAUACAUUUUGAAUGAUAAAAUGUUUGAAAAA